UUUCAUCAACUCAGGUGAUCACAUUUCAUGAAAAAUUAAAGUGUAACGAAACGUAUGGGUUAUAUUACCUCCGGGAGACAUGUCUCUUGAUUCGUAUGAUAAUACAUACAGCAUAGAGGAGUGAGCUCAUUCAAGCGACAAUUGCGACAGAUUAAAGUUGGCCACUAUUGUCUUACAGGUUUUCUAUUUGGAAAGAAAUCAAUGGAACUGUUAGGAUUGAAGUUUCUAUCAUCAUGACAAAUUGAUAAUUGUGAGAACUGACUUCAACCUCAUCAACUUUUAUAGACGACAUAAAAUGUGAAAAGUGUUUCAACAUGCCUAAAUUGAAGAGCUUCUAUAUAACUUUUACUAACACCAAUGGAGUUUGUUUUGCUGGAAGAGAGCUCGGAGGAGCCGUAGUAUUGGACUUGGCAAGCAGAUACAAGAUGAAAGCACUCCGAUUACGUUUCCGUGGCUACGCCUUAGUUCACUGGACAGAACAUCACUCAAGUGGUCAAGGCAAGAGUAAGCGGACAGUGACCAAACACUACACGGGCGAGGAGCUAUAUUUUGACCAUACGGUUGUGCUGUUUGCAUCCACUAAUGAUCAGUGUGAGACAAUUGAUGUUGGACAGCACAAAUUUCCCUUUGAGUUCCAUGUACCUUCUACAUGUCCCACGUCGUAUGAGGGCACAUGGGGUCGCAUCCGGUAUGAAGCUGUGGCUACUAUUGAAAAGAUGUUUGGUGUUGGCCAUUCAACGAUUAGUGGUUUCACUGUACUCAGCCACUUUGAUUUAAAUGAAGAUCCUCGGGCACGGGAGAGUACCACGGCAGAGAAUGAGAUGUCCCUUUGUUGUCUGUGCUGCAAGUCUGGCCCAAUCACAGCAUCUCUUUUCCUGGACUGUGUUGGAUUCGUUCCAGGGGAGCGUAUACCGAUCCGAGCUGAAAUACUUAACCAAAGUAAUAGAAAAAUUGCGGGCAUGACCGCGUCGCUGCAAAUGAUUGUCAAGUAUUAUGCCGUAAAGAAGGUUAGAACGCAUACAAACAUUAUCGCCUCGGUCACCAAGUCUGAUUUCACCUCGGCAAAAUCAAAACUGGUCACAUGGUCUGGUGACAAACUUGUCGUGCCUGCUGUUCCGCCUUCCUUCGUAUCUGGCUGCCACAUAGUCGACAUCAGCUAUGUCUUAGAGCUGAUUGUAAACCCUGCCGGCCCUUCCUUCAAUCUACCUGUUAGGAUGGAGGUUAUCGUUGGGACCAAACCUCUCAAGGAAUCCUGGAAUACUCAAGGAAAGUCCAAUGACAGACUCAAUCGAACUCCCGACCAAAUAGAGACAGACGAUGCAAAAUAUUUGGAAAAUAAUGGAGCGCAUCCUACAGGGAAACACACCAAUGCUGACCAGGUCAACACCAGAGAGAUAAAGGAUGAGAUGGGCUCUACAAGCAAUGAACCAGAGAUGGUAUUUGGGGAGUGUAUCCUCGGAUCCGCAGACCUCGUGGAUAAUGACGAAUUUGAAGAGAUUCCAGGACCCGUUAAUUUCACGCCAAUGUAUCCCUACUACAGCCUUACAAACAAUCAAUCGUCCUUUGAUAGAAGUCCAAACAAACAUUGAUAUGACAUUAUUUUGAUCUUUAUCUCUGUUGAGUCAACUGUGAUCCACCUUACAUUUAGUUAUGCGUAACAGCAGUGACAUCUUUAUGGACAUUUUUCCAUACUUGACCAAGCCAUUAAAACAAUAUUUGAUAUAUGACUUCACACAACUUCAUGGAUAUUUUUUUCCAUAUUUCACCAAGCCAUUAAAAAGACAUUUAAUACAUAGCUUCAGACCAUUUUUUUUU